GAACAUGGCUUACCCGAACGAGAGCGACGAGUUUCCCAUGCUUCGUCAAGUUCCAGAAGCAAGAUCUCGUGCUCAAAGUAGGGCUUUACACUCGAGGAAUCGUAGCGUUUCCUUCUCUGAUUCAACUUACUCCACUAACAGAGUUGAAAACUCAAGUGGCCCUCGUCGAACACAGAGUAGACCAUCUCCUUCAGUGCACAUGAGUGGUCCUCUUUACGAUACUCGUAGACCACCUGAUCAGUCUUUCUUCCCGCCCUCUCCUGUUCAACCUCCUGAAUCCUCCCUCUCCUCCUCUACCACCGUUGAUAUUCCUUCCGAAGAAGUUGUUGAAGCCCUCUUGAAAAACGCAAAUCUAUUGAAAUCUGGACAGCUAGGGAUGUGUAACGAUCCUUACUGUACUACUUGUCCUUCUUACUACAACCUCCAAGCUGCUCAGUUUCACACUUACGGAGUAGUUUCUGACUCAAGGACCCAAGUAAAUGCUACACACAACCGCCAAGCUCUGCAUGAUUAUGAUAGAGGCUGGGAUAAGCUGUUUGCUUCCUAUGUUCGUAGAUGCGUACCUGGAAUCAUAAAUCCUCAUUCCAAAUUCGUUCAAAUGUGGACUCGUUUCUUAGCCUUUUCAUGCUUGCUGUCUAUCUUUAUAGAUCCUGCCUUCGUAUACCUCUUAUUAAUCAGAGAUGACAACAAAUGCACAGAUAUUGAUUGGCCUAAGGCGACAAUAUUUGCGUUUCUGAGAAGUAUGUCGGAUUUUAUAUUCUUCAUUAACAUUCUGCUUCAGUUUCGGUUGGCUUAUGUAGCUCCUGAGUCUAGAAUAGUUGGUGCUGGCCAGUUAGUUGAUCAUCCAAGAAAAAUUGCUUGUAAUUACUUGCGUGGAAAGUUUUUUCUUGACCUGUUGAUAGUCUAUCCUGUGCCACAGAUUAUGAUAUUCUCGAUACUACCCAAGUCAGAAUUUGAGGAGAACACUGUAAUUGCCUUAUUUCUAUUCCAGUACAUUCCAAAGCUAUACAGGCUUCUUCCACUAAUUGCUGGACAAACACCGACCGGGUUCAUAUUUGAGUCAGCUUGGUCUAAUUUUAUAAUUAAUCUUCUCACCUUCAUUCUUGCUGGUCAUGCUGUUGGUUCUUUCUGGUAUCUUGCAGGGCUCCAGAGAGUUAAGAAAUGCUUGUUACAAGCUGGGAAUUUUACGAUGGAUGAACGUAGAUAUAUUAUAGACUGUACUUCUGGGGAUAGCAAUCUACGAGCUCUCUGGAGAGAUAGUGAGAGUGUUAAUGCUUGUUUUCAAGAGAGUGGCUUUUCAUUUGGAAUCUAUUUGAAUGCAGCCAAUCUUACCACUGAACCUAAUAUCUUCACAAGAUUCAGUUUCUCUCUGUUUUGGGGAUUCCAGCAAAUAAGCACACUUGCUGGAAACCAAACCCCAAGUUACUCACUGGGGGAGGUUUACUUUACGAUGGGCAUCAUUGGACUAGGGCUUUUGCUUUUUGCGCGGCUUAUCGGUAACAUGCAUAACUUCCUUCAAGCUCUUGAUAGAAGGAGGACGGAAAUGAUGCUGAGACAGCGUGAUGUGGAGCAGUGGAUGAGCCAUAGACUGUUGCCAGACGAUAUAAGGAAGAGGGUGCGAGAGGCUGAGCGGUUCAAUUGGGCUGCAACUAGAGGAGUUAAAGAGGAGCUGAUUUUUGAGAAUAUGCCUGAUGAUAUUCAGAGAGAUAUAAAACGCCAUCUCUUCAAGUUUCUCAAGAAGGUGUGGAUAUUUUCUUUGAUGGAUGAAUUGAUCUUAGAUGCCAUCCGUGAGAGGCUGAAACAAAGGAGGUACAUAAGGAGUAGCACGGUGUUGCGCCGUAAAGGUCUAGUUGAGAAAAUGGUAUUCAUAGUGAGAGGUGAGAUGGAGAGCAUUGGAGAAGACGGUUCUGUUCUGCCAUUGUCACAAGGAGACGUUUGUGGUGAAGAACUCCUCACUUGGUGCCUCGAACGCUCUUCGGUAGACCCUGAUGGGACGAGGAUAAAGAUGCCGACAAAGGGUUUGGUUAGCAACAGAAGUGUUAGGUGUGUGACAAACGUGGAGGCGUUUUCGCUGAGUGUAGCAGAUCUUGAAGAUGUAACGAGCUUGUUCUCUAGAUUCCUAAGAAGCAAUCGAGUGCAAGGAGCCAUAAGGUAUGAGUCUCCUUAUUGGAGGCUACGAGCAGCUAUGCAGAUUCAAGUGGCUUGGAGAUACCGAAAGAAACGUCUUGAGAGAAGAAAACAGAAUGGUGAAAUGGAUGAGUGA